AUGCAUUCGAUCAACGACGAGGCGGUGUUUGCGAGUAGCUUCUACCCCGAGACUCGUUUCUCCGCGGAGGAGGGCUGCGAGAGCGAGAAGCAGAGUCAUUUCGUCCUCGAGGAGGUGGAGAACGGGAAUCCGGCGUCCGUCGUACAUUCUUGGAAGCUCGUCCCCGUCGAGGGGGAGUCACAGAGCGAGACACAGAUCGCGAGUAGCUGCGGCCGCGGUGGCUAG